AAUGAUUUUUAAAUUGUAAGUAAAGAGCCGACCGGAGUGAGAACCGGAAGUAAUGGUACCCGGAGAGACUUUGCACGAGCACACAAUGGAGGCAGUGACAUCCAGCAGACCUUACCACAUCGUAGUUUUUGGUGCUUCGGGCUUUACCGGCAAGUUCGUUGUUGAAGAAGUAGCCCGUUACGCCGCAGAAAGUACUCGAGACAACCGUCUAACAUGGGCCGUGGCCGGGAGAAGCGGACAGCGUCUGAAGGGGAUGCUAAAGCAAGCCGCAGACAGGCUAGCAAUGCCCGAGUUGAGCACAGACAUUGACAUCAUUGCAGCAGAUGUAUCCAGCAAAGAAUCUCUGGCCAAAAUGUGCCAACAGGCUGUAGUUAUCCUCAACUGUGUUGGUCCAUACAGGUUUUAUGGCGAGCCGGUGGUCGCCGCAUGCGUGGAAAAUGGAGCUCACUACAUUGACAUCUGCGGAGAGCCACAGUUCCUGGAGCACAUCCAGCUUGAGUACCACACAAAGGCCAUGGACAGAGGAGUGUACGUAAUUGGCAGCUGCGGUUUUGACUCCAUACCUGCAGACCUGGGAAUUCUCUAUACUCAGAGCCACUUUAAAGGGACGCUGACCGCAGUGGAGAGCUUCCUAACCAUAAGCAGUGGGCCUGAGGGGUCCUGCGGACACGACGCCACAUGGCGCUCGGCCGUGCACGGCUUCGCCGACAGUGGCGCCCUUCGCCAGCUGAGGAGAAAGUUUGGCCACAAGCCGCUACCUGUGGUAGGAACUAAAGUUCGCCCGAGAGGUUUUGUGUUUUUUAGCAGAGAGAUCAUGCAGUACGCCAUUCCUUUUAUGGGUUCGGACCCCUCGGUGGUCAAGAGAACGCAGCGUUUCCUUUACCAGGAGGAAUCUCGCUCACCCAUCCAGUAUUAUGCAUACGUUGGGGUCGGAGGUCUCUGCUCAGUUGCCAAGCUCUUUUGUGGUGGACUGCUCUUCGGGAUCAUGGUCAGAUUCAGCCUGGGCAGAAAACUUCUCACCAUGUUCCCAAGGUUUUUUUCCUUUGGCUUGUUCAGUAAAGCUGGUCCAACAAUUAAACAGAUUGAAGACACGUGCUUCAACAUGACAUUUUUCGGCGAGGGCUACGCCGAGGCUGCAGACCCCUCCAAGGGGCCGCCCAAUGCCAAGAUCUGCACCGAGGUCAUGGGAGCAGAGCCUGGUUACGUGGCCACGGUGAUUGCAAUGGUACAGGCAGCAGUAACAUUGCUGAAAGAAAAGCACUCCCUACCCAGGAGGGGAGGAGUGUACACACCAGGAAGCGCCUUCUACAAUACCAGUCUCAUUGACCGCCUUCAUAAUCGCGGCUUCAAGUUCUCGGUGAGAACCUACCAAGAAGCAACUAAAGCCUAAGCCCUCGAUUGUUUCAUCCACUGUGCCGCCUCUUGAUUUUUUUUUAAAUUAAAAAACAAAAAACAAACACAAAAAAAAAACAAUCCUCAUUGUCUGUUAUUGUACUUCACCUUUUUGCCACGAGGUGUCAGUAUUUCCCAAUGUUCCCCCUUGAUGAACAAUGACCCUCCGCAUCCUGGCUUGACAGUAGAGGUGAUUUCAUGCCCCUGAGGAUGCGCAGGCCGUAUGCGGAGUGACAGCGGGUCACCGUGGAAGCUCUCUGGAGCUUUUCGCUUUUUUUUUUAUUUUAUUUUUUUACAAGCGCUCGACUGAAGCCGCAGUCAUAAGAAGGAAUUAUUUGGCAGCCCCCGCCUCCUCCUCCGUUCUCUUUCUCAGGUUGUGAGUCAUCAUGUGAGCCAUCGCACUUCACAUCUGCUUCCCCCCA